AUGCUGUAUACCGUUUCAUUUGUUUUCUCUUCUUUCACCUUUUCUCCAGCUUUUAUUGUCUACGGUGUAUUUGUUAUUAUCUUAUCUGCUAUAUUGAUUUUUAUUCUUGGUCCACGUUAUGGUAAAACAAAUCCAAUUGUAUUCACUCUGAUCAGUGGAAGUAUCGGUUCACUGUCAGUUAUCGCGUGUAAAGGUGUUGGUGUUGGAUUAAAGGAUGCUUUCACUACUGGCAUACUACCGAUUCUAUCCUUCUGGUUCUUUUGGUUUCUUAUCAUUUGGUUAAUUUGUGCAAUUACAAUACAAAUGUACUAUUUAAAUCGUGCGCUUGACUUAUUCAACACAGGAGUGAUUACACCUCUACUGUAUGUAUUUUUUACUGGUUUUGUCAUCAUUGCAUCGGCUAUCUUAUUCCGUGAAUUAAAUGUCUUAGAUUAUAUGGAUUAUAUUGGUUUAAUACUUGGCCUAUUGUGUACUGUUCUUGGCAUCUUUAUGAUAACUGUACUGAAGGAUUUAAGUUUAACAUGGACAAGUCUUCGAACAAUUCUGUCUGGUGGAAAAUAUUCACCCUGUUAUUCCUCAGCAUCAAAUGGUUCAAUUGUCAAUGGACAUGUUAAACAAUGUCAUCGGCGUCGACGUACUGCUGCUGCUGGGAGUAUACUACAGCGGAAAUCAAACAUUGUCAAGAAAACAACAAAAUCACUUCAUUGUAGACAUUUAUCAAUCGAUAAACUGAGUGCUGAAAAACUCAUCUCUUCGAAUCAUUAUUCAGAUUCUGAACAAGCUGAUAGUGAAAUACUAUUACUCCCAACAAUCAAUGACAAUAAUAACAAUCAUUCUUCUCAUGUAUUAUCAGAAUCAGAUACAUCGGUGUCAAGACUACGCACACCGCAUGACUCACCUCGUUCGUAUACUCCAAUGAAUAAUAAUGGCGCAUCCAACGGCAUAACUGCUAUUGCUUCCAGUACUACCACUAUGAAUACUACUUCUACUACCGCUUCUACAAUCGCUAAAUAUCCUACCACAAGAAAUAAUAAUAAUAAUAGUGGUAGUAAUAGUUUAAGACAAUCGAAACAAGAUUUAUUAAAUGUUUAA